ACACUAAAUAUUUAACCUUUCACCAUUUACCAGAGAUUAUUUUCUUGCAGUCGCUGAUUUUACUGAUACACACUGUAUCCAGAACUGAGAGGGUUCACUCCCAGGAGUCCAAAGGGCUGUUUGUCUUUGAUAAAAGGGAGGGUCAGUUUUGUUUCUUGUUCAGUUGCUGUUCCUGCUCUCAGUAAUGGCGUCGGCUGCUGAUCUGAGAGACGAGCUGAGCUGCUCCAUCUGCCUGAGCAUUUAUACUGAUCCUGUAUCCCUGCCGUGUGACCAUAACUUCUGCCGGGGCUGUAUUGGGACAACAUGGGACACCCAGGAGGGAUCUGGGCCUUAUUCCUGCCCUGAAUGCAGACAGGAGUUUAAGGAGCGCCCUGCCCUGCCCAGGAACAGAACUCUGAGGAACAUAGCAGAGCCAUUCCUUUCUGCUCAGCUGGAGCCGGGGGAGACUGGGAUUCCCUGCACCUACUGUGACUCCCAUGUACUUGCUGUUAAAUCCUGUCUGCACUGUGAGGCUUCUGUGUGUGAGACCCACCUGAGGAUGCACAGCAAGUCAGAGAAACACGUCUUAAUUGAACCCACAUUGGACAUGGGGGACAAGAAAUGCUCAGUCCAUGAUGAACCCCUGAAAUAUUACUGCUGUGAGGAGUCUGUCUGUGUCUGUGUGUCCUGCUGUCUGGUCGGAGAGCACAGGGGCCACAUGGUGGAGCUGCUGAGUGAGGCCUCUGAGAAGAAGAAAGAGACACUGAGGAAAGUUGUGGAGAAACUGAGGCCAGAGAGAGAGAGAGAGAAGACUGAGAGAGAAGCCCAGAGACUGCAGGAGCGCAGGAGAGAAGUGGCAGAAAAAGCAGCCGGUGAGACAGAGAGAGUCACUGCCCUGUUUAGAGACAUCAGGGAACAGCUGGAAGCCCUAGAGAAGCGACUCCUGAGUGACAUCUCCAGCCAGAAAGAGAAGCUCUCACUCACACUCACUGAUCUGAUUGAGAAGCUGGAAAUAAAGAAGGACGAGCUGUCCUGGAAGAUCCGUCACAUUGAGGAGCUGUGCAACAUGGCAGAUCCACUCACUGUCCUACAGGAACGGGAAUCACAUGGAGCUGCAGAUAAUGAGGGGGGCAGAAAGAGACAUGAUAUAAAGGUCCCUGCUGUAGGGGAUCUGGAUGUGGAUCUGAUCUCAGAGACAUUACUCACAGGCUUAGCUGCCAUUGUGACUGGAGUAAAGGGAAGGAUCUAUGGGCAGGAGGCUACAGACCUGUUACUGGAUAUAAACACGGCUCAUAAUCAUGUAUCUGUAUCAGGGGACAAGAAAUCUGCUUCCUACUCACAUAGAAAACAACGUCACCCACAAUCCCCAGAGAGAUUUCAGGUUCCUCAGACUUUAAGCAGCAGGAGUUUCCCCUCAGGACGACAUUACUGGGAAGUGGAGGGCAGUGAAUCAGGGGAGUGGGGGGCAGGGGUGACCUAUCCCAGUAUAGAGAGAAGAGGGGGUCAGUGCAGCAUUGGGUAUAAUAACAAGUCCUGGGGUUUAUACAGAUGGAGGAAUAACAGAUAUUCAGUGAGACAUAACAGGAAAGACACACAGUUACCCCACGUCCCUUCCUGCAGGAGAAUCGGGAUCUCAUUGGACUAUGAGGCCGGACGUCUGUCCUUUUAUGAGCUGAGUGAGCCAAUCAGACACUUACACACCUUCACUGCCACAUUCACUGAGCCCCUUCAUGCCGCAUUCUUUCUUAAUGAUGAUGGUGCCUGGGUGAGAAUUCUUAAAUAAAUCCCUGCCCAGUACCAAUAUGUUGUGGCCCCCCUGUUAACAGUGAAUUAACCCUAUUAAACCCUAUGAUAGAAUUACCACUAUUCAUGAUACACAGAAAUACUGAAUAAAUGCGGUUUAGUGUAUUUUCCUUGUCUCCUGAUCUUACAUCAGUACUGAGCAGCUUCUUACAUGUGAUUGGCCAGUUAUUUAUAAUGUGUGGCAUGAAGGACAGAUAAUAAUCAAGUGAAGUUGUGCAAGGAUGUCCAUGUAUCCACUGAUCAGGCUGGGCCCCUACAAAUAUUAUAAAUCACUUCUGCUCUAAUUGAUGUUCUUCAUCACCCAAUUGCCCCACUUGUCCAGUGAUGCUCCUCACCUGGAGCAUUCAGCCAUUCUAGCAGCACAUUCUAUAAACAAUAUAUAGGGAUAUUAUUAUAUAUACAAAAACCUAACAAAUUAAGCUGGCACCAUUCCGGAACCCCAAAAAAGUUGAUUAAUUAAUAGAAUCCAGGAGUCUAAAAAUUUGAU